GCGGCUCCAAAGUGAACUCCCCCUAACCCUUGAACAGCUGGAGGCUGUUUUUGAUAGCUUGGAACAGAACAAUAAUGGAUACCUGACGCCUGUGGAGUUCAGCAUGGGAUUAGGGAAGUUAAUAAGGGUCGAAUUGUGUCAAGGGGCUGGUAAAAUGGAUCAUUCCAGGCAUGAGGAGACUUUUGAAUCAGGCUGGUCAGAUGACUUGGACCCGGCAGAUGAUGAUGAUGAAGAAAAACGAUUCUGUUCUAUGAUGGAACAGCUCGGAGCAGCCCACAUGUUUGAAGAUCCAUGUGAGAUUCAGGAGCUCUGGGCUCGCCUGCGAAAGGAGCGUCCAGAGCUGUUAUCCAGUUUUGAAGAGUUACUGUUGCGUGUUUCAUCAUACAUAAGGGAGGUGAAUCAUGAGAAGGAGUCUAUGGAACAGGCAUUGAAACGGAAGGAAAUAGACCAUGACCGAGAAGUCCGGUGCCUUUAUGAAGAAAUGGAACAACAGAUCAAAGCAGAAAGGGACAGGCUGAUCUGCCAGGAAGCACUGAGACAUGACAGGAGUAACCUGCUCCAGAAGGAGUUGCACAGCAAAGAGCAGGAGCUGGAGAAAAUCCUCUGCCACCAGAAGAAGCUGGAACAUCAGCUACAAUCUCUGAACUCAGAGCAGCUGGAGACACGUGUGCAGAAUGAGAGGCUCCAGCACCUGAAUGAAAACCUGCUGGAAGAGCUGGAGAAAAGCAAAUGGGAGCUGGAGGCGGUUAAGGGGCAAUUACAGAAGCUCCAGAAAGAUGCUCAGCUUGAUCAAGAGCAGAAGGAAAGGGAUGUGUUUAGAGUCUCCAAGAACAUGCAGAAAGAGAAACAAAGCCUCCUUCGGCAGCUGGAGCUCCUCAGCUUUCAAAUGUUGGUCUUCACUCCAUUUUUGAUGAGUGCUUCGUUGUGUCUCUUCUAUGUCUUCCUUUGGAGCAGAGAGAUGAACAAGAAACUUCGAGAUGAGCGAGAUGCUUUUGAAGCCAAGAAGCCGGCGCCUCAGAGCGAAAAGCUCCCGUUGAAGAAAGGGUCAAUGCUUAGCAGUUAUCCACUGGAUGACAAGCUGAUCAAACGACAACUGGCCGCUGCAGACCUUCCAUUCACCUUCCUUGUGGAUGUGGCAGUGGAAGAACCCAACAGAAAGAACUGUAAAUACUUCCCAGACAAUGGGACAUGGCUGAAGACAGAACGAGGCAGCACAAACUUUGGAGAGAAUAGCAAAGACAAGGAGAGAUGGUCAUUGGCAGCAGAUGCUGAGCAGUGGAAGAUGACUUUGAAGGGUGAUGCUGACUGUAGAAAAAAUGCAGAUGGAUUAGAUGAUGUUCCAUUGCCUCCUAGAGAACAGCCUGUUGGCAUUGAAACCAAGCUCCAGGCACUGGAACCAGCCAGCUGUUCCCCAGACUGCAUCUUUAAAGUAGUGUUUGUAGGUAACUCUGGUGUUGGGAAGAGUUCCUUCAUCCACCGCUUCUGCUAUGACAGAUUUUUGGCUGAUCUCAAUGCAACCAUUGGUAUCGAUUACCAGGUGAAGAUGCUGAUGGUGGAUAACAUCCAGGUAGCCUUACAGCUGUGGGAUACAGCUGGACAAGAAAGGUUUCGGAGCAUUACCAAGCAGUAUUUCCGGAAGGCGGAUGGGAUUCUGGUGAUGUAUGACGUUACGGCCGAGUGUUCCUUCAUGGCAGUGCGGAACUGGAUGAGCAGUGUCCAGGAAGGUAUUGAGGAUGGAGCUGUGGUCUUUCUACUUGGAAAUAAAAUGGAUGCUGUGCAGAGAGAGACCCGGAAUGUGCCCAGGGUGGAGGGGGAAAGGCUGGCAAAGGAAUACAAGGCUGUCUUCUAUGAGUGCAGUGCGUUGACUGGCCAUAACAUCAUGGAGCCCAUGCUGCACAUGGCCAGGUUACUGACAGCACAAGAAGACAGGCAGAGGGAGGAUGCCCUGCAUCUGGAAGAUGUCAGCAGGAGGAAAGGGUGCUGCACAUAAGGCACAACAGAGUGUCAGCAAGAGAUGUGUUUUGUGUCUCUUGUUUCAUGAAGCUGGGGUUCCUCUUGAGCAAGCUGAAUCUGAUGGCAUCAGCUCUGCAGAUACUUCAGGAAGCUGCAGCGUUUUGUCAUCUGGGAAUUUCAAGGCACUAAAUCAGGCCAAAAUGUGCGUGUGGUUUGCACUGUUUCAUUUCCCAGCUCUGCACACACCCCUGGUCUCUGAAAGCCUCUGCUUCUUUGGGGGAACUCAGCUGGUCUUGGAUAAUAGCACAAACUGGGCCUUCUUUAUGGAGAGCUUGCUUCUUCGUAAAAAGAUGAAGUCUUGUUCUUUUUCUUUCUGGAAAAGAAGUGACUUAGCAGCAGAGUGGAGGACAUAGUGGGUGCUGUGUUACACUAAAAUUCUAUUUAAGAGAUAAAUUAUUUAAAAUUUGGGUUAGCUCUAGGAAGUGACCAUCCAUCUCAAAGAGCAGCAUCUCCACCUGGUUUUGUAAGAGCAGAGCCCAGCUGAGAGCCUGCUGUGGUCACAGGGAAGCUUCCAUCAAUUCCUGUAAGAUCUGGAUCAGGCCUUACAUUUACUGCAAAAUUUGAUUUGACUUGCCAGUAUUAUACUUAACUGAUUCCAUUUGUGGAUAUAGUAUGGCCUGAUAAAACAAGUUAUGCUCAUGGCUUUCCUCACUUCAUUACCCUAAUAGACCUUGUCACUGUCCCUCUCUCACUGUUUACAGAACAUAGAGCAGUUGCCCUGGGACUCACAGGCACUAGCACGUGCUGCUGAUUCAUAAUCCAUUGCAGGAGCUGGGAUGUAGAUACUAGGGGUGCCAUUUAUAGCCUAGUUUGAGGUUGAACUUUGCCUGUUUCCUCCCAUUCUCUUAUCCCUUCCUGACAACUCUCCAGCAAUUAGGAACAGACUUAUCUGCCAUACUGAAAGAUUCCACCCUGCUAGCUUGAUCACAGGGCUGGAAGCAAUGCUGCCUGUGUGAAACAUAACCUCACUUUCUUGGUGAGAGGCCUGAGAAGGAGCAGGACUAAACCUGUUCCUAUUGGGAAGGGCCCUUUUUGCCAAGGAGUGAGGCAAAGCAGGGCAAGGGGGGCACAGGCUGAGGUAGGAGCUGGCCCCAAAAAUGUCUCUCUUCGCUUAGCUACCACUGUGCCUGGGCAUGAAGCCCCUGCUGUUCUCUGGGGUAUGAUGCUUUCUGUUUUGUAGCUCAGUUGCUGUUAAAGGUGGACCAAGCGAGCUUCAUUUAUAACGCCCUGUUCCCUUUCUUCUUUGAACUUGUUUCUGCGUGCGAGUUUGACAUUUUAGGUGCAAGAUGUGAUAUGGCGGCUGUAAAGCAGUCCCCCCCAACUCUGCAACACAGGGAAGGCCUAUGUUUAUCCACUGUCUUUCCUCUCUUGGGAUAAGGUGUUUACUGUUAAUGUCUGGCCGUUACCCAAAUUUCUCUGGGAAUAUCUCAUGCAGCAAAAGUGCUCUGAGUCACCUACAGCACAUCAUUGUUACAAAGAAUUUCCAUGGGCCCCCUCCCCGUGUGCUUUACUCCUGAAAGGAAAGAGGAAGGUUUCCUCAGGAAGAGCAGGAUUCCUACCUAAAAGGAAUAGCUAAAGUUCCUGUUGAGUCUUUACCUCUGGCUGGCGGCUGGCUGUGGUUCACGCUGUGUUUAACUGCAGUAAUGCCUUCCAGAGACCAAAAUCAGGAAAGUUGGAGGAGGUCCUGAAAGAACCAGGGCUGCUGGUGUGGAGUCUAGAGUAGCACCAGCAGUGCUGCCAGUGAAACUGUUCGUCUUUGCAAGAAACAAUGUUUGGGAAGGGAAAUCCUCUGUUUUCAGAAAGCACCUGUACUCUAAACUCAGACGUGGCUUUCUGGCUUUCCAGACAGUGUGGCCAUGAAGGAGCACAGACAUUAUCACCCGCUGAACAGACCGAACCCUCUACAUGAGUUGGGGGAGCUGCUGUCAGUGAUUCCUCUGCAUCAUUUUCCAGUUGCAGGUUAAUAAGGAGUGGCGCUGACUAUGAAGAGGCAACUUCGGUCAGGGCACAGCAGUAAUGCUAACAUUUACUUACCUGCAACAGCAGGAUUUGGGAAGUUGCUGCAGAAGGAAGACAGCAGUAUUAAAUUGGCUAACAUACUCGGAACAUGUACCUCCCACACUGUGUACAGAGCACAUGAAAGACAAAGGUAUGAAAUACAGCUGACACACAAAUACGGGCCAGCCUAUGUAUUACCCUCAUCAGUGCUGUCAUAUUUGCAAUAGCAAUAAC